UCAAACAGUCAAAACAAUCCCGUAGUAGACUCCCUGAGACUCCCGCUAUUGUAUUGAUAUCAGCAAUACUUGAAACUAAGUAGAGUCGAUACUCGAGUAAAUACAUAGGUAUACCUAUUGCAUUUCCUAAACCCUACCAACCAAAAUGGCAGACUUCUCACCAGCUGCUAUGGAAAAGUUGGCAGAAUUACUGCGACCACCAGAACCUGAGGUACUUCAAGGGAAUGACCUAAAUAGUACAGACUACGAGAUAACUUCCAACAGAGGAAAGCUACCGCCCGCUGAUGUAGCCAAAAACACACCAAAAAACAUUGAAGAGUUCGAAUUACAGCAGGAGAAGGAGGCGGAGGAGUUGAGUUUCGUCGGAGGAGGAGUGACUGACCGAAAGACGCCUGAAUAUAAAAUGAAUUAUCAACAAGCCGUCAGCGCAGAGGACGUCUUUCUUCAGAUAGGCCCAAAGACCCCUUCGUCAGCCAGUUGCGAGAACCUUAUAGUGCGGAUCAAAAUGCCGGGCGAUAAGAAAGAAAACGUGGACCUAGCGGUGGACACCACCAGCGUUACGGUGACGUCAUCUCAGUACUACCUCAAGCUGCCCCUCCCUCACGAGAUAAACCCAGACACGUCCAAUGCUUCCUGGGACUCGUCUCAAGAUACCUUGGUAUUGACCUUGAAACUGGACAGGGAGUUUGACUUUAUUAAUUUUUAACCGACUUCAAAAAAGGAGGAGGUUAUUAAAACUACUUAUUUAGGGAAAAAAGAUUGUAAUAGCCAAAUCUACAUACGGUUCAAGAUCGCGUAUCCAAGGCAGGAUGAGUUCACAUUAUGUUCGAUAUCUACGGAUCUGAAGCUUGUUAUCUGUUAUUAUCUCUUUUACGACUCAAUGCUGAAGCUUUGUGUUUCAGUUUUAUUAUUCGUUUUGAAACCAAUUAAGUACUAAUUAAUACGUUAUAAUAUCUAAUGAUUUAUGUAUGUGACAUUAUUUAGUUAAUUAGUAGAUAGAAUCUAUUGUAUACUUACCUUACCUAGUUAUUCAA